UUCUUCAGGGGUCUGUGGAACCCAUGCAGAUAGACGCCGACCCCCAGGAUGACCAGCAGAAUGCUCCGGACACCAACUACAUUGUAGAGAACCCAACACUGGACCUGGAGCAGUAUGCCACCAGCUACAGUGGGUUGAUGCGCAUUGAGAGGCUUCAGUUCAUUGCUGAGCACUGUCCUCAGCUGAGAGUGGAGGCCCUGAAGAUGGCCCUCACCUUCGUCCAGAGGACCUUCAAUGUGGACACCUAUGAAGAAAUCCACCGCAAACUCACAGAGGCCACUAGGUAUUUCAGUCAUUGAUCCUCCUCUGAUCCA